AUGAAUGAUGGUUUUCUCAAGGCAUUGCUGGUGCAUUCUGGGAACUGUGGCUCUCCGCUUUCUUCUUCCUCUUUCCUAGUGCAUGCCGGGAUUUGGAGUUCGUGCGUCCUGCCCAAGUGCCUGCCGGGAAGAGUAGUCUCCCCACCUCUGCACAGUCAGCCUGGCCACCAAAACAACCGUUUCGGGGCCAGUCAUGGUGGGGAGUUUUCCUUCCUGGAGUUUUUCCAGCGUCUCCUGGGGCUGAUUUCUCGGAGCAGGACUUUCCGGGCUUCUGUAGAUGUAAUGUCUGGAAGCUCAGGACGGCAUGAGGCAUCUGGGAUUUAUCACGAGAGGCAACGCCUUGAACUGUGCGCUGUCCAUGCCCUCAACAACGUUCUGCAGGAACGGAUUUUCACCCAAGAGGUGGCUGAUGAGAUCUGCAAGAGGCUGGCCCCUGACACCAGGUGGAACCCCCACCGCAGCUUCCUGGGAACAGGUAACUACGAUGUCAACGUCAUCAUGGCAGCUCUCCAGAGUGUCGGGUUGGAGGCCAUCUGGUGGGACAAGCGCAGACCCUUAGAACAGCUGUCCCUGGCAGGGGUACUCGGAUUCAUCAUCAAUGUCCCCUCCAAUGUUUGUCUGGGCCUCCUCUCCCUUCCUGUGAGGCGACGCCACUGGAUCGCAGUGCGUCAGCUUGAUGGCAUCUACUACAACCUCGACUCCAAACUGAAGGCGCCUGCUCCGAUCGGUGGCGAAGCUGACCUCAGGGUGUUCCUGCAGGAGAUUCUGUCCGAGGCCCCUUGCGAGUUGCUGCUGGUUGUGCCCCACGAGACAGACGAAGCUGGAAACUGGCUAAGCACGGUGAGGUGAUCGCCAGUGCCCGAAGAUCCAUCUGGGCCUGUGGUUGAAGUGCUCUGCUCUAUCCCCUCACGCUGGCUGCUGCAUGUUUUACAGAGAAGAAGGGAGUGACGGGCUCCUGUUUACACACUAUCGCUUUGGGAGCAGACCAUGAAAUCUGUCGUCCUCUCUCUGCCAGGAAAAAAAAAGAGGGAUUUCCUGCUCAUUGACUUUGCUUUUUAAAGACUAGAUCUGUCACAAGUCUGUAUGGAAUAAAGGAUGUGGUAUCCAAAUGGCGGAGGGCCUUCUCCUAACAUGACCAAGUGGAGCAUACAAAUCAUUGUGCAGGGUUUUCAUACAGUGACAGAGUUUACUCUUGAAAGAGAUUGUGCGUGGGUAAGUGGCGGGGUUAGUGUAUAAGCAGGGCUUGAUAGUAAUGCACACCCCAUGUUUUGUUCCCAAAUCUGUAUCUGUCAGUAGUGUAAAUGCGCCUGAAACCUGGAGGUUCUGCAGCUGGCCAUUAUGGCAAGCUGUCUUCCCUCUUCUGCAGUAUCUGUGAUAUUUUUGUAAAAGCUAUUUCAGUUCAUGCAUGCCCAGUGGAUUUAUUCAAUUUGUUUUAAGCCUGUGCACCUGUAAUUUUUUUUAAAAAAGGUUGUUCUGAA